AUGUUCCUAUCUGAUCACUUAAGUUACGGAUAUCGGCUUCCAGAACAAGAAGCGUCCAUAUUCUAUGUGGAUGUGACCUUUCCGGGAUUCGGAACCAAUCGACAAUUCACCUAUCCCAGUUGCUGCUUGACAAUGCUUGGGCGGAAUUCCACGGAACUGCCACGAAAAUUUAGGGACGAUGGAACAGAGGCAGUAAAACAAUUCUUAAUUGAUUUAAAUCGUCUUAUUCCGCGGAUUUUGGAUUCCGAAUUUUGCAAGAUUGGCAGUGUUUUGCACAUGGCUCUAGAUUGUUUGCACCCGUUCAAAUCAAUUCAAACUGCAUCGUCGGCGAUGAUACAGCUUGCCACUGAACAUAAGCAACAGAGUUUGAUUGGUUCGGUGAAAUCUAAUGCUGAGUCAACUGAGGAACCAUCAGACACAUCCGAAUCCAACAAACCAUUGAAGACUCCUUCUAUCGAGGAACAGAGAAGCACUCAAUGGGAUGAUGACGAAUUAUUUCUAUCAGCUGUUCAGUCCAUCGUAAACAAUUGCAAUAUGGCAUUUGGUGACGAUACCCAUGAAAGCAGAACUUUGAACCCAAGGAUCUUCGCUCAAGAUAAUACACCUGUUGAGGAUGAGCGCAUUAUUGUGAAUAAAGAGGAGGAAAAAGAAAAACAGACAUUUCCAAACGCUAUGCAAGAAAGAACGGACGAAUCCACCGAAUCAAUCACAAAAUUAAAAGAAAAUUCAAUAAACAAUGACUCAAGUAGCGUAAAAAGGAAUCCCGGUGUGGAAAACGUUCAACGCAAGUUUAUUGCUCCUAAACGAGUGCUACAGACUAGUGAGGAAUGUAACUUGAUCCACAAGAUCCCCAAAAGUUCCGUCUAUUUGAGCGAAUCGACCGAACAGACUGAACUGGUAAAUUUCAUCCGAAGAAUGCACGGUUCAGUUUUACGUGUUGGAAUGAGCAAAAAGCGCCCCACUGUGGUGUACAGUCAACUAGUAAAGCGUGAACCAUAA